GUCGGAGCCUAUGGCGCCGCAGUCUGUCGGUCCUCCCCGCCAGCCGUGGGUUCCCUCUGAGAACAGUGCAGAGCUGUCAACGAGCGCAGGGGUGGUGCCCAGAGUGGGAGAGCCGCAAUCACAGCGGCCAAGUCCCCUGCUCCAGCUCCCUACUCCCAGCUCCUGGUGCCGAAGCCCAGGCUGCAGCAUGAACGGCGAGGAGGAGUACUACGCGGCCACGCAGCUUUACAAGGACCCGUGCGCGUUCCAGAGGGGCCCGGCGCUGGAGUUCAGCUCCAGCCCUCCUGCAUGCCUGUACAUGGGCCGCCAGCCCCCGCUGCCGCCGCCGCCCCCGUUUCCUGGAGCCCUGGGGGCGCUGGAGCAGGGCAGCCCCCCAGACAUCUCCCCGUACGAGGUUCCCCCACUCGCUGACGACCCCGCGGUGGCGCAGCUACACCAUCACCUCCCAGCUCAGCUCGCUCUCCCCCAUCCGCAUGCCGGGCCCUUCCCGGAUGGAACAGAGCCGAGUGCCCCAGAGGAGCACAGUCGCGUCCAGCUGCCUUUCCCGUGGAUGAAGUCUACCAAAGCUCAUGCAUGGAAAGGCCAGUGGUCAGGAGGCGCCUACGCGGCGGAGCAGGAGGAGACCAAGCGGACGCGCACCGCCUACACGCGCGCGCAGUUGCUGGAGCUGGAGAAAGAAUUCUUGUUCAACAAGUACAUCUCCCGGCCGCGUCGCGUGGAGCUGGCCGUAAUGCUGAACUUGACCGAGAGACACAUCAAGAUCUGGUUCCAAAACCGCCGCAUGAAAUGGAAGAAAGAGGAGGACAAGAAGCGCGGCGGGGCAGCGGCCGGGGGCGGUGGGGGUGCAGAGCCCGAGCAGGACUGCGCGGUGACCUCGGGUGAAGAGAUGCUGGCGCUGCCCCCGCCGCCACCCCCCGGGAGUGCUGUGCCGCCAGCUGCGCCUGUCUCUGCCCGAGAGGGCCGCCUACCACCCGGCCUUAGCACGUCGCCACAGCCCUCCAGUGUGGCGCCUAGGCGGCCCCAGGAACCACGGUGAGAGGCUGGGGCUGCUCCCUGCUGGGCGGCUUCGACCACUCGCCAAGGAAGGGGAGCGGGCCUAAGAUCCCAGGUGUGGACAACUGGCCCUAGCAGUGGGACGGGGCCAGAAGUGGGGGGCCCAACCUAGACCAGAGGGGGAAACCCGCUCUCCCAGGCGCACGUGCCCCGGGAGGGAAACACUGGCAGACCUUCCUGAAGGAGAAGAGACUUUGGUUUCUGUAGUAUUUGAGACCUCUUUCGGUGAUAUUAUUUGAUUUGUGGCCUCCUCUCUGCCUGCAGCACUUCGCCUUGGGACCUGUUUAGAGAAACCAACUAUUCAAAAAAAAAAUAGUAACUGUACAAAUGGAAAUACGCCUCAACAUAGGGCGGGCCGGCGGGACAGAGUGCCUUAGUUUGCCCGUAUACAGAGCCAUUCUUACUCGGGUGCUCACUUUAAGCUUAGAAAUAAUUAAAAAGAAAUGGGGCGGCGCCUGUGGCUCAGUGAGUAGGACGCCGGCCCAAACCCGGCCCCGGCCAAACUGCAACAACAAAAAAACAGCCGGGUGUUGUGGCGGGUGCCUGUAGUCCCAGCUACUUGGGAGGCUGAGGCAAGAGAAUCACCUAAACCCAGGAGUCGGAGGUUGCUGUGAGCUGUGACGCCACGGCACUCUACCAAGGGUGACAAAGUGAGACUCUGUCUCAAGAAAAAGGAAAAAAGAAAUGUUUGAGGUUCCAACUAGUCAGUGAACUUGAGGCCAGUGGAAUAGAAUGAGCGUCUCUCCUCUUCCUCCUCCUCUUUUUCCUUUUCUUGUUCUUCCUCUUACCCUUCUCCUCCAGUCGCAUACUACACUACUGUUCAUACUUCAACUUGUUCCCCUUUCUUUUGAAAAAGAGAAAAUCUUGCCAGGAAGGCAGGGCAGCAGGGCUGGCCUGCAGGAGCGCAGCAGAAGUCCCUGUGUGCCCCAGGCGACCCCACAGUGCUGCCUGGGAGGAAGGCCUCGAGAAGACCCAACUGGAUCUAGGGGUGAGACCACCCCUGAGCAAUCACUGAAAGGAAGGUAUCUGUAGCCCUCCGUUCAGGAUGUGGAUUUAUUUCCUGCCUCGGCGGGAAGGCUGUGCAGGGUGGCCUGGUGCACUUUGGAAACAACUAUGCACCAACCCACUGUGAUUACCACAUCUUUAGAAAUUAUUAAAACAUACAGUGAUUGGACAGUUUGCAAAACGGGUUGUUUUUAUUUAAAGUUUUAAAAUUGCCUAACUUUUCUUUACAGCAGGUCUGUGCUUUCCAGGUCAGUUCCUCCUUUCAAGAUCUGGGCUUUGUAUUCAGGUUAUAUUUGUGGGAAACGGUGAAUAAAUAUGUAUAAAAUAGGAAGAGAUAAAAAUUGAUUCUCCUUGCCUUGUCAAGCUUUACCUGCAGUGCAAUGAUUACUAUUCAUUUCAAAAAUUAAACCAGCAGAGGUUUUUUUCCC